AGUAAAAGCAUUUGUUUUGGUUCAAAUUUUGUGUUAUGACUGAAAUGACUUACAAAAUCUGAAUGAAAAAAUUGUGACAUUGUGUGGGAAAUAAUGAUAAAUUACGAAGGAUUUACGGCGAAGAACGGCGUUCGGAUUUAAAUUAAUUGUAUCAGACGUUCAUUUGGAACCCUACGACGCGUUGGAUAGCAACGCUCCAAGAUCCAGAAGAAGUACCCUAUAAAUGCUUCACCGCAUUCGAAUCAUUCGCCAAAAGUACUCCAACUGAAACAACGUCGAAAUGAUGUUCCGAUAUGGAAAAAUCAUCGAAUCGAAUUCGAAAACCAGUCGCAGCGAUCGAUUCGCUGAAAUGUCCAAACAGCAACAACUGAUCGAGAGUAAGAAACAAGAAAUAAAAGCCAAGUUCGAGGAAAGGAAACGUCAAGAGGCCGAAGAAGCUUUGAAAAAGUCCAGUAAUAAGAGUGCUACUGGACAUAAAAGCAGCAGAGAUCAUAAAUCUUUGAUUAGCAGUCGAAUGCAGUCUUGGAAGAACGAUGAUCGUUGGCGGAAAAAACACCAAAGUAAUGAACAAACCGAAUCGUCUAAGAAUAGUAAUGUUUUUUCAAACGACGGAUCGUUCCUUGAAAAGUACAGAAAAAUGGCUGGAAAUGAAUCUGAUGAAAAAUUCGAAUACGAAAGUAAACCAGAUCGUCAACAUAAUAUUUCAGAUAGUGAUAUAACUCAUGCUUCAAAAAUUGAAGAAAAUAGACAUUUUCUGGCUAGUCGAAAUAUAGAUACGAGUAUUCCACCUCACGAGAACUUCGAUGCAAAUUGUCGAGACGGAAUCCCCUACCCUCCUCCGCCAAUACCUUCAUCGAUGACAGUAACAUCUCAACAACAAUCCAUCUUCUCUUUGACUUCUCACCCGCCACCUACAGCUCCACCACCGACCUCCAUCCACACAUCAAUCGCCGGAGUACCCGCUUCCGUUCCAUUGCUAACCGCAGUCCCUACGAGUGGCGCUUCUCUUCAGACAGUUUCACUAAUCCAAGUCCCCGUCAGCUCAUCAGUAAUACUAUCUUGUCCUCUAGAAACAACCCUAGUUACCAGCGAGCCCGUAGUACACCUACCAGUGGUACAUUCUACGCUGCAGCCGAAUUCGAUAACGGUUCCUCUUCAAACGACCGUAAUCCCUGCGCAGAUUCAGAUCACUUCUCAAGCAGCAAUGCCUCAGUCGACCGUACAAACCGUGCAAAUCAAUCAAUCGUCGACAAACGUAAUCCUUUCGCAAACGCUACAACCGCAAUCUAUUCUAGUUCCUUCGGAAUGCAUCCAGUCGCAGCAGCCGUUACCGAUGCACUCGCAAUCUCAGCCACCGCCUUCGGUCUAUAGCUACUCAGGCCAAGAAUCCGGUAUUCCUCCUGUGCAUUUACCACCUCCCAAUUACACGCCGGCUUUACCUCCUCCACCUCCUGCUAGUCGUCGUCAGGAUACGGAUUUUAGAGGCGUUCCAUCGACAAAUAUUACAUUUAAAAGUUCCCAGUUUAGUAACGAAAACGAUGCUUACGUCGGUGAAACAUCGUUAAUUACUUCCGAAUCAGAUGAUCGUUACCAGAAUAUGAAUUCGCCUCACGUUUACGAAAGAAAGCAACAAGCUAAAGAAAUCCAAGAACUGGAGACCGUUGCUCAGGUGGUUGCCGACUGCGGCGAUGAUAUGGAGAAUAUGUUGCUCAACAAGUAUCCGGAUGAUGAGAAAUUAUGGUUUUUGAAAGAUAAAUCCAGUCCUCCGUACAUCGUGUUUCGUAAUAUGGUGGAAAAAUUCAGACGAGAACGUUCAUCCAAUGGUAACACGAGGAAUUCGACGAAUGAUAACGUACCAUGUGAUCGGUCAUACUCGAGAAUCCCGGCAGAUGAUGAUUCUGAUACUGGCGAAGAUACAGAAGAAAGACGCCGAAGAAAACGUAAAAGGAGGAGUAGAUGGGCUCCGGAGAACGAUAAAAUCGAUAUUCCUCCAGUACCUGUGCCUUCAAACCCACCUCCUAAUAUUGGUCCUCCUCCUGGGCUCAAUGUUCUUGGCGCUAUACCGGUUGCUCCUCCGAUUCAAGAUCGUAAAUUGCCAGGUAUGUCUGGUCCUAUUAUUAGUCAAGUCACUAGAACUGAUCCUGCUUUACUGCAAUACGCGAUGAAGGCAUUCGGCACCAUUAAUCUAUCGGAAGAAGAUUGGAAAAAAGCCGAAGAUCACUAUAAAAUCAAUUUACUGUAUCAAGAUAUGCUUAAAAAAAGACAAGAAUUAGAACGCUUGCAAGCUGCCGGUAAACAUAAAUAUGCUUACGAUAGUGACGAAGAUACCGAAGGAGGUACUUGGGAACAUAAAUUAAGAACGCAAGAAAUGGUCGCUACUCAAUUAUGGGCUGACGAAUUAACAGAACGGUCUAAAGGGAAACAUCAUAUCGGUGACUUUUUACCACCCGAUGAACUGGAAAGAUUUAUGGAAAAAUAUAAUGCUCUAAAACAAGGAAGAGAACCUGACUUAUCGGAUUAUAAAGAGUUCAAAUUGAGAGAGGAUAACAUCGGGUUUCAAAUGUUACAAAAAUUGGGCUGGUCUGAAGGUCAAGGAUUAGGUUCCGAAGGCUCCGGAAUCGUAAAUCCAGUCAACAAAGCUCCUUCGUACGCCCUCAGUCACGGAUUAGGAUUAGAGAAACCGGACGAUGUUUCUCGAAAUGACGACGAAUACGAUGCUUAUCGUAAACGCAUGAUGUUGGCUUAUCGAUUUCGUCCCAAUCCUUUAAACAAUCCAAGAAGACCUUAUUAUUGAAAUAUCGAUAAAAUUUACGCAGCUUUUCAAACGUAGACCGUUUAUUCUCCUUUACACGUUGACUGCAAAGGUUGUUCUUUCAAACUUUCAUAGCAUAUAGUAUUAACGAUAUUGUUUAUAUAUAUUUUUUUCCUUUACGUACACGUACCUUAUGGUGUUGGGUACCCAGUUCAUCAUCGGUGUCGAUCAUUUUCGCUCUGUAGAGGUCCAAUAUGUACUACAGAAGCUCCAACCGUGAUAGGUUUCUAUAUUUUAAUGUUUCUCCUGGAGAGCUGAGCUCGUAAUUAAUUUUGGUAUUGUGUAUAUGUACGUGGGUCUGGGUACUUGGAAGCCUGUACACAUACUUUUUUCCCCCUUUUUUUUUCUUUGUAAAUACGUUUAGAUUAAUUUAUCCAUUGUAAAUUGAAAAUAUACUCAGUCAUAAGGGUACUCAUAGUUAUUUUGCUUGUUGAAUUGUAUCUCAAAAUUAUUAUAUUUUAAUAAAUUAUUUGUUAUUUGGAA